AUUCUCUCUCUCUCUCUCUAAAACCACAUUUUGCUUUUAAUUUAAAGUACUAGUUCCUUCUCCUCCCUUCUCUUCCCCCUCCUCCCUCCUUUUUCUAUUUUGUUUUCUUUUAAUUUUUGCUACCUCCAUAAAACAAACCAUGUGAUCUCUGACUCUUCGAUUCCUCACCACUUCACUCCAUCGACAUUAUUCCCCUUGUCCCCUUCCUCCUCACAAAGAGGGGGGGUGGUGGUGGUGGUGGUGGGGGAGCUCCGCGAUCACCUCACUAGCGCCAGCUCCAACCCCACCCAUGGCGGGGCCUUCGUCCUCGCGGGGCCGGAGCUCCUCCCCCUUCGGCUACCGCAAGCCUCCCCCCAGCUCCUACUCCUCGUCGUCGUCCUCCUCCUCCUUCUACAACGGGAGGCUCAUCCCCAGGUCGUCCCCCUCCUCCGUCUCCUCCCACUACUACGGCAAUGGCGGUGGAGUGCCGAGAUCCACCACCCCGAGCCGCGCCCUCUCCGAUCCGCCGCGCGGCCGCUCGACGGCUGUGGCGGCGGCGGCCGUGCUCCCACCCGCCGACGAGCUGGUCAUCGAGGACACGUCGAGGAACGGGGAUAGCAUCUCGGUCACGAUCAGGUUUCGGCCGCUGAGUGAGCGGGAGAUCAAUCGCGGCGAUGAGAUCGCGUGGUAUGCGGAUGGAGAUAAGCUGGUGCGCAGCGAGUAUAAUCCAUCUACGGCUUACGCAUUUGAUAGAGUUUUCGGGCCGUCUACGGCUACUCGGGUGGUCUACGAUGUAGCUGCGCGCCCCGUUGUUAAAGCUGCAAUGGAGGGCAUCAAUGGAACUGUUUUUGCCUAUGGUGUCACUAGUAGUGGGAAGACUCACACAAUGCAUGGUGAUCAAAGAUGUCCUGGAAUAAUUCCGUUGGCCAUCAAGGACGUCUUCAGCAUAAUACAAGAUACUCCAGGACGAGAGUUCUUACUUCGUGUAUCAUAUCUUGAAAUUUAUAACGAGGUGAUAAAUGACCUUCUUGAUCCUACUGGCCAAAAUUUGCGGGUUAGAGAAGAUGUACAGGGAACAUAUGUUGAGGGCAUAAAGGAGGAGGUUGUCUUAUCCCCCGGACAUGUACUGUCUUUCAUUGCUGCUGGUGAAGAGCAUCGCCAUGUUGGUUCUAACAACUUUAACUUGUUCAGUAGCCGGAGUCACACAAUAUUCACUUUGAUGAUUGAAAGCAGUGCUCAUGGAGAUGAGUAUGAUGGAGUCAUGUACUCUCAACUUAAUCUGAUCGAUCUAGCAGGAUCUGAGAGUUCCAAGACCGAGACAACCGGAUUAAGGAGGAAAGAAGGAUCUUAUAUUAACAAAAGUCUGUUAACUCUUGGGACGGUUAUUGGAAAGCUCAGUGAAGGGAAAGCAUCUCAUAUACCUUACCGUGAUUCUAAGUUGACUCGCCUUCUGCAGUCAUCACUAAGCGGCCAUGGGCAUGUAUCACUUAUUUGCACAGUUACUCCUGCAUCAAGUAGCAUGGAAGAGACGCAUAACACCUUGAAGUUUGCUAGCAGGGCAAAGCGGGUUGAGAUAUAUGCUUCACGUAACCGGAUAAUUGAUGAGAAGUCACUGAUUAAAAAGUAUCAAAAGGAAAUAUCAUCCUUAAGAGAAGAACUUAACCAGUUAAAGAGAGGAAUGCUUGGUGGGAUUAAUCAAGAAGAAAUCAUCAACUUGAGACAACAGCUUGAGGAGGGCCAGGUAAAGAUGCAAUCUCGUCUGGAGGAGGAAGAGGAAGCGAAAGCUGCUUUGAUGAGUAGAAUACAACGCCUCACAAAGCUUAUACUAGUCUCUACGAAGAACACAAUCCCUGGCUUGACAGAUGCUCCCAACCACCAGCGCCGCCAUUCUAUUGAGGAAGAAAGUUUGCAUGAGAGUGCUCCUCCGCUGCUUAUUGAAGAUGAGUGUUCGCUGAAAGACUCUUUAUCUUCAGCUUUAUCAGAUCCAUCAAACCAAUUGUUUGACGUUAGACAUUUUACGUCAAGUAAGCUGGAUGAACAACAGUCCUCCAUCAGCAGUUCCCUUACACAAUCAUUACAGGGUCGGAUAACAGCAUCUGAUCAAAUGGAUCUUCUUGUUGAGCAAGUUAAGAUGCUUGCUGGUGAUAUUGCGUUCAAUACCAGUACCCUAAAACGACUGGUGGAGCAGUCUGUCAAUGAUCCUGAUGGCUCAAAGAUUCAAAUUCAGAACUUGGAGCUUGAAAUCCAGGAGAAGCGGAGGCAAUUGAGGGUCCUAGAGCAAAGGAUUAUGGAGAGUGGGGAAGCCUCGUUGGCUAAUGCUUCUUUGGUUGAUAUGCAGCAGACUGUCAUGAGGUUAAUGACCCAAUGCAAUGAGAAGGGAUUUGAGCUUGAGUUAAAAUCAGCUGAUAAUCGCAUUCUACAGGAACAGCUACAACAGAAGUGUUUGGAAAAUGAGGAAUUGCAAGAGAAAAUCCUACUUCUUGAACAACAACUAAAUUCAAAAAAAGAUGGCACAUCACUUGAGCAAUUUGUGUCUAAUGAGAUUAGCGAGUUAAAGUUCAAACUUCAAUCUCAGGAGGCUGAAAGCGAGAAGCUAAAUAACAAACAACUUAAGCUGGUUGAGGAUAAUCGCGAGUUACUUAGCCAGAAUCAGAAGUUAGCUGAAGAAUCUUCUUAUGCAAAAGAACUUGCGUCUGCUGCCGCUGUUGAACUUAAAAAUUUGGCCGAGGAAGUUACCAAGCUCUCACUGGAAAAUGCAAGACUAGAAAAGGAAUUAGUGGUCGCGCAGGACAUGACACAUUCUCGGGCUGGUAAUAAUAAACUAGGGAGAAAAAGUCGACCAGCUAGUAGGGGUAGAGAAGCUGGUAGCUCAAUUCAUGAUGAUACGGAGAGCUUUAGUCUUGAUUUAGAGGAUAUGAAGAUGGAGCUUCAGGCUAGGAAACAGAGAGAAGCAGUUUUAGAAGCCACUUUAGCUGAAAAAGAGCUUCUAGAAGAGGAAUACAAGAGGAAAUUUGAUGAGGCAAAGAAAAGAGAACUUGCCCUAGAGAAUGAUUUAGCAGGCAUGUGGGUUCUUGUUGCUAAAUUGAAAAGAGGGGCUUUUGGUAUAUCGGAGUUGAAAGUCAAUGAGCAAUCUUGUAAUGGAGCUGAUGUUACACAUGAUGAAAAGGAAAAUAGAGAUGAAAAUGGUGAGCUUGUUCUUGAGGAGAAGCAUGUUUCAGAUAAUUUCAUGAAGCCAGCAAAUGCACAAGAACAUAAAAGUCCUGAAUUAGAACCUCUCCUAGUUCGUCUGAAGGCUAAAAUCCAAGAGAUGAAGGAAAAAGAACUAGACUCUCUAUGUGAGAAAGAUACGAAUUCCCCUGUCUGUAAAGUUUGUUUCGAGUCACCGACUGCUGCGGUAUUACUUCCUUGUCGCCAUUUUUGCUUGUGCAAGCCGUGUUCACUUGCCUGCUCAGAAUGCCCACUUUGCCGCACAAGGAUUGAUGAUCGGAUCAUUACUUUUACAUAAUACGUUACAAGCCUUUAUUGUGGGUAACUCUGAUCAUGCCGUCGAUCUACUAUAAUCAAAUAUUUAUCUGAUUCAUUUAGUCCGCAAGAAGGUAUCUUUUUCAUUUCCUUCUACCUUGUGCUGUUAGUUAUUCGCCAUUUUCAAAAAGCAAGCAAUGGUACCUUUUCGGUUUCUUUCGUUCAAAUGUUGCUAGGUGAAUACUUGAGCAAAUAUGUAUAGGUAUGCUGCUCUAUAGGUGUAAAAACAUUGUUCACAAGAUAACAUAGAAAAAGCAGUGUCGAGGGGAAAUGCUGGUUCCCCUGUUAUUUUUAACCUGUGAAUAUUGUUAUUAGUAUUUCCUUGUUUUAUGCAUCCAUUAUUUGUACGCAACAAAUGAAUUAUGAUAAUUGGCUCUCUUUUGGGGCAACUUUACUA